AUGGAAGAUCGUUUUAAGGCUCAGAGAACCUUGAUUGAAAAGGAACUUCUGAAACUCGAAAUGGAAUUUAAAAGUACUUACAUGAAUCUUGCGAGCGACAAUGAACAGAAAAUGUCUACAGUUCCUGAAAAAUAUGCAUCCAUUAGAAGGGAUGUGGAGGUGGCUGGAUUAACCCUGAAGAAUAAAGUGGAGGAAACGGUCAAGAAACUAACUAUGCAAAUCGAAGCUAUGGAAAUAGAACAUCUGGACUAUUUAAGAGACAACAAAACGAAUCUAGAGAAAGUCAUUGAGGAUAUCGAAGAAUGUAAAUCUCAGCUUUCCUGGCAAAUUGCCGACCCUAAAAAGCUAGCCAUGUACGAAGCCAAGUCAUAUUCAUUUGAAAACUUUCCAGAACUUUUUGAGAAAACGCUACCUGUUUUCCAACGAUCUGAGUCGGAAUUCAACUGUUCAAAAUUCUUAGAAACUUUGAUUCCAUCCACAAAGGCCAUAGUAUUGAAUCUUCAAGAACAAACUCCUUACAGAAAAAUGGAAAAACUGCUUAAGGGUACAAGACAUGUACAGACUAUUGCUACAGUUUAUGGAUAUAUAUUUGAUCUUUCGUAUACACGUCAAGAUCAAAUCCUUGUCUGUGGUACUUACAGAAUCAAAAAGAGUUUCACAAUUCGUGCAUUGAAUUUCGAUGGUAAAGAAGUCAUGGCAAUCCCCAUUCAAAAACAACCAAACUACAUCACACAAGCUGACGAUGAAACAAUUUUUUAUACCUCAGAAAGCCAACAAGGUGUACAAAGAGUUAAAAAUGGAACUAUUGAGACAAUUACCUCAGAUAAUUUUUGGAAGGCAAGGGGCCUUUCCUACUGUUCUGAUGAUAUAAUCGUAGCUGAGCAUUACGAAAUGACAAAACUAGGUCGAUUGAGUGUCUAUUCAUCAGAUGGUGAGAUGAGGAAAAUCAUUGGUAUCAGUGACUCACAUCAUGAACUCGUAAAUCCUACAUAUGUUUGUGUCAAUAGUAAUUCAGAUAUCUGCACCUCGGAUGAAGGAAGACAAAUGGUUUUUGUUUUCUCUUCAGCGGGUGAGCUGAAAUUUAUAUAUAGAGGGAAAAAAAGAUUUAAGUCUUUCACGCCUCGAGGCCUAGCUACGGAUUUCAUGGAUAACAUCCUUAUUGCUGACUAUAUUAAUCAUGCAAUACAUGUGAUUGAUUCUGAAGGAUAUUUUAUGAGAUACAUUAUGAAAGAAAUUAAUUUUCCUACUGCUUUAUCAAUAGAUGAGAGAAGAAGACUCUUAGUGGGACAAUAUGUAGACGCCAGUAUACAAGUAAUGGAGUAUUUAAAUCCUUCAUAA